GGGGAACACAAGAUAAUACAACGACUAUCUAGGGUUUGUAUAUGCAUUACAGGUUGAGUAACCACUGAAUUCGACAAGAAUGGUAUCGUAAACGCUGGUCACUCAGGCUGCGAUGUUAUAAGAACCAAUCUCGCUAGCUAGUUUUUGCAAGAGAUCUAUACAAGGUCACGGUCGUGUUCGAUGUCUAACGCAAGCACUUCGUAUACUGAUGUUAUCGUUGUCGGAGCGGGUCCUGCAGGGCUCAUGUCAGCGCUUGCCCUAUGUCGCUUAGGUCUCAAGGUCAGAAUAAUCGAUAGAAGAUUGCCAGGCGAAUCUGCAGGACAGGCUGAUGGCAUUCAGCCACGGACGACCGAAAUCUGGGACAGUUUCGGUCUUGGAGACGAACUGAGGCGACUCGGCACUCAUGUUCACAAGACAGUUAUUUACAAUCCUAACGACGAGGGUACCGGAAUUAAGGAGAGCGGUCCGACUCUCAAUAUAGCAGUCUCAUCAACUCGAUAUCCAUUUGAGGUUUUGGCACCUAUAGCGAUUACUGAAGGUAUUCUGAGGAAAGCCAUCGGUGAACAUGGUGUGAAGGUCGAGGAACCUGUUAUACCCAUAUCGAUAGAUAUAGAUGAAACCACCUCCCAAGGAUCAGAUAAUCAUCCAAUCCAGCUCACCAUUGCACACUUGAAAGAGGAAUAUUUACGCUCGCAAUCUAUCCCUCAAACUCAAAGAGGACAUCUGUCAAAAGAAGAAGCCGCGAUUGAACGUACAGAAGUGAUACAAUCCAAGUUUGUAGUGGGCGGUGAUGGUGCCCAUUCUUGGGUGCGCAAAUCUGUGAAUAUAGCUAUGGAAGGAGAGAAAACUGAAUUAUCGUGGGGUGUCAUCGACUUUACUCCUCUCACCGACUUCCCGACACCCUGGGCGAAGAACAUCAUACAAUCGCCCUUAUCGGGUGCCAUGGGUUACCUUCCUCGCCCCAACGGCACUGCUCGAAUGUACAUUCUCCUGAAAGAUCCCACAUCGGGAAGUACCGACGUUUCUGAAGUCCCUGAUAAGGACCAGGCAGUUGAGCGUAGAAUUAUCAAAACCAUCCAGGAUGGCUUCUCUCCAUUCAAGAUGGAGAUCACGGAUGUUACCUGGGCCAACGUCUACAAAGUGGCUCAAAGAGUGGCUGCAAGGUUUUCACAUUCGAACCGUGUGUUCAUAGCUGGAGAUGCAUGUCACACACAUUCCCCAAAGAGCGGUCAAGGAGCUAAUACGUCGAUGACUGAUGCAUGUAACCUUGCAUGGAAGAUAGCAUAUGUGAUCCGAGGCUGGGCAAAACCAACUCUGCUGGACAGCUAUGAAGCAGAACGCCGACCUUACAGUUUUGAACUGAUUGAGUUUGACAAGGAAAUUUUCAAGCUUUUCAAUCCAGCAGGAGUAUCUCCCGAAGAAUACACAGAGCUUUGGAGACUUCAUAACAUGUUCACCACGGGAAUUGGUCUGAAAUACUCUUCAUCAUUGAUCAUUCCAGAAUCACAGGAGUUGGCUGAUGGCUUGCGAAUUGGUGAACGGUUCCCGCCUGGAGCGUUGGUCCGACAUUGCGAUUGGAACCCCGUUGAUAUACAAGAUUUAAUUUCAUACAACGGAAAAUUCAAAAUGAUGCUCUUUCCUGGGGACAUCACUCAGCCCGCCAUCGCCGACCAAUGGGAGCAAGCAAUCGAAAAGCUAACGGCCAGCAUCAGUGAUGAAGAACUCCGCAUGCUAGAUUCCUUCCUGGUGUUCAAGGUACCCAAAGAAACCACAGCCCAUAAACUCCGAGUGCCUUCUUUUGUUCCCCCGAAGAAUGUUUUCAUGGAUGAUGGUUUACGAGUCAAGGAUGCUACUGGCAGUUUAUAUCGGGAAUUUGGUAUAACUGGUGGGGUGGUAGCUCUCGUGCGCCCAGAUGGCCAUAUCUGCCUCCUUUUGCCGCUGGAAGCUUCUUCGGUCCUUGAUAUCUCUAAAUACCUGCAUUCGUUCUGUAACUUGAAUUCCGAUCGUUCCUGUAACUUGUACCUAGUCGUACCAUGACCAAUGUCGAUAUGGCUACUUCAUCAAAGUGUCAAGGUAGCAACUGU